AUGAUGGAGAUCAAGCGCGUCCUCGUCGCCGACGACAUCGAGACUGAGUGCGUCGAGAUUUUGAAAAAUAAUGGCAUUGAGGUGACCUACCAGACAAAACAGACCCGUGAGCAGCUGCUCGAAUCGGUGCCCAAGCACGAUGCUGUGCUCGUCAGAUCCGCCACUAAGAUUACACGCGAGAUUCUGGAGGCGGCCGCCGGCAAGUUGAAGGUGGUCGGCCGAGCCGGGACCGGUGUCGACAAUAUCGAUGUCGAAGCUGCGAGCCAGCAUCGCGUGCUCGUCAUCAACACGCCGCAAGCCAACUCGCGCUCUGCCGCCGAGCUGACCUGCAUUCUGAUCCUGUCGCUCUCUCGUCACAUCGCCCAGGCCGACGCCUCGAUGAAGGCCGGCAAAUGGGCACGGAAGGACUAUAUGGGGGAGGAAGUAUUCGGUCGUACCCUGGCUAUCCUUGGCUGUGGGCGCAUCGGCUCGGAAGUUGCGCAGCGGCUGAAGGCGUUCGGGAUGCGCGUGAUCGGCUACGACCCCGUGCUCAGCAAGGAGCAAGCCCUCGAGCGCGGCGUCGAACUGAUGACGCUCGACGAAAUCUGGCCCCUCGCCGACUACAUUACCGUCCACGUGCCGCUGAUCGCAUCCACGCGUAAUUUGAUCAACAAAGAAGUUUUUGCCAAGUGCAAGCAGGGCGUGCGGAUCAUCAACGUCGCCCGGGGCGGCAUCGUCAACGAGGAGGACAUGGUGGAGGCGUUGAACAGCGGAAAGGCUUCCGGCGCUGCAUUUGAUGUGUUCGAGGAGGAGCCGCCAAAGUACCGCGCGCUCGUCGAGCACCCGAAAGCCAUUUGCACGCCUCACCUUGGCGCUUCAACGACUGAUGCCCAGCUGCGGGUCGCCACCGAAGUCGCCGAAAACAUUGUCGCCAUCAACCAGGGCAAAAUUUUGGGAGCGAUCAAUGCCAGGGAGCUGGGCCUU